AAUAGAGACUUAAACCAGCACCCCCUUGUCGCACCACAUGUUCCCUCCCACCUGAAGCCAGCCCUCCUCCCUCCCUCUCUCUGUGGCCGACCAGCCGACCCCUAUGCCGCCACCUUCUGGCGAACAAGCGCAGCUGUCUGAGGGUACCGCUCAUCUGGGCGGCGCUUCCAAGCAACGGGGAGCUCCGUGGUGCAGAUCCUCAGGCGCGCGUCAACGCGGACCAGGAAAUCAUCGGCCGCCUUGUCCCCACACAGAAUGAAGAUCGUCCCAUGCCACCGCAUACUUGCGCCGUCGACCCACCAGUAGACCACUUUGCGGCAGCCCUUCCACUGUCCCCUUGCGUGCCGCAUGACGUCUCGGGUGAGCUGGUACUCGGUGGGCCGUGGAGUGAGGAGUUGGCUUGGGUGCGUGUGGUGGGGGCGCAGCCGAAAGUGGAUCCCGUCGGUCAGGUGCUUGUCGGUCAAGAAGACUAUGAUAUCCGUGAACGAACAGUAAACGUACUUGCCACCUGCAGACAGACAGCAGACAUGGAGGAUUCACACAUUUAUCUCUCCGCCAUCCCACGAGGGUUCUGUCGGCUGCUGCGCUCACAUUUGGUCGGCGGGUCGGGAUCAGUCAAAUCGAUGGUUACGUAGGUCAGGGGGUGGGUCAGCCAUGAGGGUCCCACAUGAUCUUGGCCAUUGGCGCGGACUAGACCCGCAUACGCAUCGAAGAUACGGUAACUGAACAGCGAGUACUGGCGCACCGCCUCCGGCCGCGUGUCGAAGACCGCCCGGCUGCCCACCUGCCGCAGAUCAUCUGGCGUGAUGAUGAUAGGCAGAGAGGGAAGUUCGCGGCAGUUCUUGAGGCAGUGGAUGAGCGACACACAUCGGUCCCAGCGGCCGCCCUCCUCGAUGACGUACAACACCCUCAACAGAUAACUCACCCUAGUGUCUCGACGGAUCAGCAGCAGCACGUCCAU